GCGUUGUAUAUUAGUGCACAUGCCUGUUCAAAAAUACUUUUUAAACAUUUUGAAAAUAAAAUGCAUUUUGAAAAUCAACGCCUUGUGCUGGUGUGGGUGUGCUGAAAGAUUUAUUUGAAAACUGUUUUAGCUUACGAUGGAAAUUGUUUAGCCUAUUUAAAACACACUUUUGAAAAUACUUUGACAGUCCCAAUCGUAAAGUAUAGCCUUCGGUUGAUUCAGAGUAGAUGCAAAGAAACCCCGGCCGCACAAUACAGGAAAGUGUUACUUUGUAACGAACAGCGAAGUAGCCUAAUAUAGCAGUCCUCCGCCCUCCUAACCUUUCCCGUCAUCCGUUUUCAGUUGCUCUAACAAUUCGUCGGGACAGCACGGAAAUUGUUCAUCUUGAGUCAUCGACUGCGUCUACACGUCUGUAUUUUUUUAAUUUUUAUUUGUAUUUUUCAACCUGGCCAUGGUAGUCACUUUGUCAUGAAUUCAGGUAGGAUUUUUUAAAAUUCGAACAAGAUCAACACAGCGAUUACGAUGGAUCUCUCGUUCAGGGUACUUUUCCUGGUUACCUGUUGUUGGACGGCUUUUUCUUUGGUGUCAAGCGAAACGGGCGCGCUCCCUCUGCCUAGUGAUGUGCAUCUGCAAUUCCCCAACGACUUCUGCGUGAACUUGACCUGGAGCCCACCGGAGAAAUUGAACAGCAGUACAUGUAGCGUUCAAUACCACAUUACGGUAACAGCUGGGCAGGCUGGCGACCCGGAGUCCCGCACGGAGGAAUCUACGCAUUACCAGGAUUGUCCGGAUAUGGAGAACGGAGUGACGUACGCGGUGCGGACUCAGCCCAAGAGUUGUGGCAACAGGACUGAUAGCAAAGAGGUGUUCAAGCCCAUCCCUCAUCGUACAGAAAAGCUGGUGAAAGAGUUUAAGUGCUUUUACUACAUGCCUGGUGCCAUGAACUGCACCUGGCGGCCAACAGACGGGACCAGAGACCUCCAGCUCUACUACUGGCAUGAGCAAAUGGAAAUGAAGGCCUUGGGUAGCUGUGGCCUGUACUUCAACAGCGGGGAGGAUAAAACAGGCUGUCACCUGCAUGGAAAGCUGCCCGACCACACCGAUAUUCACAUCCUCUUGAACGGGACGCGGGGUCCCUCCACACUACAGAACACCUUCCUGCUGAACCCACGCAAGAACCUGAAGCCUCCCCCCCCUAACCUCAGUGUCAGUGAGGAGGGGCACAUGUUGCGGCUGCACUGCACCCCCCCCGACGUGUUCGGAGACUGCUGGAAGUGCACGUACCGCUACAGAAGCAGCAGGUCCUCUGACUGGCAGGAGAAGUAUAGUUCACCGGACACACCAGUGCACAUCCCAUACAACAGGCACUCGCGGUACGAAGUGCAGGUGAUGGCUGUCUCCAAGGGCAUCUGCGGCAUUGGAGCCACUGACUGGAGCAAAGUCACGUCUUUCGGUGAAGAACAGCCAGCCGAUUGGUCCUCUCACAUGGCUCUUAUCGCCAUUCCCGUCGUGGUCAUAGCUUGUGUCAUCUUGUUCCUGCUUUUCUUUAAGAAAGUCCGGGUCCUGAUUCUGCCCCAGAUUCCCAAACCAAUGCAGCUGAUCAAAGAGCUCAUCAACAGCAAGGAGGAGGAAUCAAAUCUCGCGGAAAACAAGACGGUGCUGCAGGGCAAGGGCUCGGAGAAGCAGGUGCUGUGCAUCCCUGAAGAGCCGGAGGUGUGUGUGAACGUCAGGGUGGAGGAGCCCGAACCCGCCGCCGACCUGUGACCCCGUGACCCCGUGACCCCCGCGCCAUGACCACGCCUCAGACGCGCACGCUCAACAGUGACAGAAAAACGCACCUCAGGGAGAGCAGAGACCGCACUGCUCUGCGCUAAGCAAGGCUGGGGAAGGCACUCAGCCCCAGACAUCCAACGCUGCCCACCGCAACCUUGUGCACUUGAAGAGGAGUCUCUUCGGCAGCUCGGCUUUGGUCGGACCUGUGUCUCCAGUGAUAAAAAAACAUUUUGUAUUAUUCCUGUGUGUCUCCUGAUGAUUGUUGCUUUGUACUUUGCUGAUGUUGCUGCGAUUUUUAUGCCUUUUACCAUGGACUGCAAAGGAGGGGGAGUUUAUGCAGAGCACAGAGCAUCAAAAGCCCUGGCCUUUCUUCUCUCCCAUUGCACACGUUCACCUGCGACAAUCCUGUCAACAUUAGGCCAUACCGGGCCUGGCUGAUCCAAGCUGAAUAAAUAUGAGAUUGAUGAGAUUGCAAACUAUGAAAAUGCACUUGUGUGAAUUAGUUUAUACUGUACAAUAAAGAAUUGUGUGAUGUGUGA